CAUCAGUGUUUCAGUUCCAGGAAAUAACAAGAAGGGGAGGAGAAACUCUGAGCUGAUACGGGUUUCCAAGAAACCAAAGUGAAAGUCUUCUGUGAGUCAGAGCUUAGGCUCCAUUUUGAGUGGACAGAGCAGAAGGACAAAGACGUGUGAGACAGGGUUGUUUUACCUGCAUGAACGUCUUUUAUUGUCCUCUGAUCAAUCUGGAGAUCAGAAGAUGAGUGAUCGAGGAGACAAAGAGGAGGACAGAGCAGAGUCUCCUCUGUCCAGCUGUCUCUCUAUGAAGAGUGACCGGUCUAAAGGUGAACCUCCAGACUUCAGUAAUGAACCAGGACCCUCAGAUCCACAAAUAACAAAGGGGUCUGUUUCUGUGGAGGAGCAGCUGUCCAGCUGUGCUUUGUGUCAGGACGUCCUAAGAGAUCCAGUUUCUACCAGCUGUGGACACUGGUUCUGUAGACAGUGUCUCACCUCAUACUGGGACCAGUCUACUUCAUCAGGAGAGUCCUCCUGUCCCCAGUGUGGAGAACGAGGACUGCAGAUAUCCAGAUAUGUUUCUUCUCUUUCAGCAGAUAGAGGUCUGCAGGAGGUUACAGACGAACUUAAGAUCAGUCUGAGGAAGAGAUGUGAACAUGUGACUGAAGGAAGUGAUGAAACAGGAAGUAGAACCCUCCUCAACAGGAUCUACACUGAGCUCUACAUCACAGAGGGACAGAGUGAAGAGGUGAACACCCAACAUGAGGUGAGACAGCUUGAGACAGACUCUAAAAAGAAGACCCUCCAUGAGACUCCAAUCAAGUGCCAGGACAUCUUUAAAGCCUUACCCGACCAACAGAACCAAAAGACAGAAGCUCAACCCGACCAACAGAACCAAAAGACAGAAGCUCAACCCGACCAACAGAACCAAAAGACAGAAGCUCAACCCGACCAACAGAAACCCAUCAGAGUGGUUCUGACAAACGGGGUCGCUGGUGUUGGAAAAACCUUCUCAGUGCAGAAGUUCUCUCUGAACUGGGCAGAGGGCUCAGAGAACCAAGACCUCAGUCUAGUGAUCCUGCUUUCAUUCAGGGAGCUGAACUUGAUCAGAGAUGAGGAGUACAGUCUUCUUGAGCUGCUCCGUGUUUUUCAUUCAACAUUACAGAAGGUCACAGCAGAGACGCUCGCUGUCUGUAAACUGUUGUUCAUCUUUGACGGCCUGGAUGAAAGCAGACCGUCGUUGGACUUCACAAACAGGGAGGUUGUGUCUGAUGUCACAAAGAAAUCACCGUUAAACACACUGUUGACAAACCUCAUCAAGGGGAAUCUGCUCCCCUCAGCUCUCAUCUGGAUAACUUCUCGACCUGCAGCAGCCAAUCAGAUCCCUCCUGCAUGUGUUGACAGGGUAACAGAAGUACGAGGCUUCACUGACGCCCAGAAGGAGGAGUACUUCAGGAAGAGGUUCAGUGAUGAUGAAGAUCUGUCCAGCAGAAUCAUCUCACACAUCAAGACAUCCAGGAGCCUCCACAUCAUGUGUCUGAUCCCGGUCUUCUGCUGGAUCACUGCCACAGUUCUGGAGCACAUGAUGAGCAGAGAGCAGAGAGGAGAGCUGCCCAAGACCCUGACUGACAUGUACUCACACUUCCUGCUGGUUCAGACAAAGAGGAAGAAGAACAAGUAUGGAACAUCAUAUGAGUCCUCAGGAACUGAGGAACUCACCAAAUCUGACGGGGAAGUUCUUCUGAAGCUGGGGAGGCUGGCGUUUGAACAUCUGGAGGAUGGAAACAUCAUGUUCUAUAAAGAAGACCUGGAGCGUUGUGGUCUUGAUGUCACAGAGGCCUCGGUGUACUCAGGAGUUUGUACAGAGAUCUUCAAAACAGAGUGUGUGAUCUUCCAGAAAACAGUCUACUGCUUUGUUCAUCUGAGCGUUCAGGAGUUCCUGGCUGCAGUCUACAUGUUCCACUGUUUGACAAACAGGAACACAGGUGUAGUGAAGGCUUUCCUUAAAGACAUCAACCUCAGGGACUCAUCUGGAAAUACAUUUUUAAAGAAGAUUUCUAAAGUUCUAACUCCUGGCCCAUCCCUGGAUGUCUUCCUGAGGAGUGCCAUGGAGAAAUCCCUGAAAAGUAAAAAUGGUCACCUGGACCUGUUUGUUCGCUUCCUUCAUGGCCUCUCUCUGGAGUCCAACCAGAGACUCUUAGGAGUCCUGCUGGGUCGGAGAGACAACAGUCCAGAAAUGAUCCAGAGAGUCAUCAACAACCUGAAGAAGAUGAACAGUUAUGAUAUCUCUCCUGACAGAAGCAUCAACAUCUUCCACUGUCUGACGGAGAUGAACGACCUCUCAGUCCAUCAGGAGAUCCAAGAGUUCCUGAAGUCAGAGAACAGAUCAAAGGAACUCUCUGAGAUCCACUGCUCUGCUCUGGCCUACAUGCUGCAGAUGUCAGAGGAGGUUCUGGAUGAGUUGGACCUGAAUAAGUACAAGACAUCACUCCAGGGACGACUGAGACUGAUUCCAGCUGUGAGGAACUGCAGAAAGGCAGAGUUUUCUAGCUGUGGACUGUCAGAGACUCACUGUGAAGCUGUGGCCUCAGCUCUGAAGUCCAACCCCUCCCAUCUGAGAGAGCUGAACCUGAGCUACAACAAUCUGCAGGAUUCAGGAGUGAAGCUGCUGUGUUCUGGACUGAAGAGUCCAAACUGUAGACUGGAGACUCUGGGAUUGAGGAGCUGCAGUUUGUCAGAGAUCAGCUGUUCUUCUCUGGCCUCAGCUCUGAAGUCCAACCCCUCCCAUCUGAGAUAUCUGAACCUGAGUAUCAACGAGCUGCAGGAUUCAGGAGUGAAGCUGCUGAGUGAUUUUCUGCAGAGUCCAAACUGUAGACUGGAGACUCUGAGAUUGAGGAGAUGCAGUUUGUCAGAGAUCAGCUGUUCUUCUCUGGCCUCAGCUCUGAAGUCCAACCCCUCCCAUCUGAGAGAGCUGGACCUGAGUCACAACAAUCUGCAGGAUUCAGGAGUGAAGCUGCUGAGUGAUUUUCUGCAGAGUCCAAACUGUAGACUGGAGACUCUGAGAUUGAGGAGCUGCAGUUUGUCAGAGAUCAGCUGUUCUUCUCUGGCCUCAGCUCUGAAGUCCAACCCCUCCCAUCUCAGAGUUCUGAACCUGAGUGACAACAAGCUGCAGGAUUCAGGAGUGAAGCUGCUGAGUGAUUUUCUGCAGAGUCCAAACUGUAGACUGGAGACUCUGAGAUUGUGGAGAUGCAGUUUGUCAGAGAUCAGCUGUUCUUCUCUGGCCUCAGCUCUGAAGUCCAACCCCUCCCAUCUGAGAUAUCUGAACCUGAGUGACAACAAGCUGCAGGAUUCAGGAGUGAAGCUGCUGAGUGAUUUUCUGCAGAGUCCAAACUGUAGACUGGAGACUCUGAGAUUGAGGAGCUGCAGUUUGUCAGAGAUCAGCUGUUCUUCUCUGGCCUCAGCUCUGAAGUCCAACCCCUCCCAUUUGAGAGAUCUGAACCUGAGUAUCAACGAGCUGCAGGAUUCAGGAGUGAAGUUGCUGAGUGAUUUUCUGCAGAGUCCAAACUGUAGACUGGAGACUCUGAGUUUGUGGAGCUGCAGUUUGUCAGGGAUUAGCUGUUCUUCUCUGGCCUCAGCUCUGAAGUCCAACCCCUCCCAUCUGAGAUAUCUGAACCUGAGUAACAACAAGCUGCAGGAUUCAGGAGUGAAGCUGCUGAGUGAUUUUCUGCAGAGUCCAAACUGUAGACUGGAGACUCUGAGGUUUUCAGACUGUGGACUGUCAGAGAUUCACUGUGAAGCUGUGGCCUCAGCUCUAAAGUCCAACCCCUCCCAUCUGAGAGAGCUGGACCUGAGAGACAACAAUCUGCAGGAUUCAGGAGUGAAGCUGCUGUGUUCUGGACUGAAGAGUCCAAACUGUAGACUGGAGACUCUGAGAUUGUGGAGCUGCAGUUUGUCAGAGAUCAGCUGUUCUUCUCUGGCCUCAGCUCUGAAGUCCAACCCCUCCCAUCUCAGAGAUCUGGACCUGAGUAACAACAAGCUGCAGGAUUCAGGAGUGAAGCUGCUGAGUGAUUUUCUGCAGAGUCCAAACUGUAGACUGGAGAUUCUGAGAUUGUGGAGCUGCAGUUUGUCAGAGAUCAGCUGUUCUUCUCUGGCCUCAGCUCUGAAGUCCAACCCCUCCCAUCUGAGAGAGCUGAACCUGAGUGAAAACAAUCUGCAGGAUUCAGGAGUGAAGCUGCUGAGUGAUUUUCUGCAGAGUCCAAACUGUAGACUGGAGACUCUGAGAUUGUGGAGAUGCAGUUUGUCAGAGAUCAGCUGUUCUUCUCUGGUCUCAGCUCUGAAGUCCAACCCCUCCCAUCUGAGAGAUCUGAACCUGAGUAACAACAAUCUGCAGGAUUCAGGAGUGAAGCUGCUGAGUGAUUUUCUGCAGAGUCCAAACUGUAGACUGGAGACUCUGAGGUUUUCUAGCUGUGGACUGUCAGAGACUCACUGUGAAGCUGUGGCCUCAGCUCUGAAGUCCAACCCCUCCCAUCUGAGAGAGCUGGACCUGAGUAACAACAAGCUGCAGGAUUCAGGAGUGAAGCUGCUGUGUUCUGGACUGAAGAGUCCAAACUGUAGACUGGAGACUCUGAGUUUGAGUGUCUGCAGUUUGUCAGAGAUCAGCUGUUCUUCUCUGGCCUCAUCUCUGAAGUCCAACCCCUCCCAUCUGAAAGAGCUGGACCUGAGAGACAACAAGCUGCAGCAUUCAGGAGUGAAGCUGCUGAGUGAUUUUCUGCAGAGUCCAAACUGUAGACUGGAGACUCUGAGAUUGUGGAGAUGCAGUUUGUCAGAGAUCAGCUGUUCUUCUCUGGCCUCAGCUCUGAAGUCCAACCCCUCCCAUCUGAGAGAUCUGAACCUGAGUAUCAACGAGCUGCAGGAUUCAGGAGUGAAGCUGCUGAGUGAUUUUCUGCAGAGUCCAAACUGUAGACUGGAGACUCUGAGAUUGAGUUACUGCAGUUUGUCAGAGAUCAGCUGUUCUUCUCUGGCCUCAGCUCUGAAGUCCAACCCCUCCCAUCUCAGAGUUCUGAACCUGAGUAACAACAAGCUGCAGGAUUCAGGAGUGAAGCUGCUGAGUGAUUUUCUGCGGAGUCCAAACUGUAGACUGGAGACUCUGAGGUUUUCAGACUGUGGACUGUCAGAGACUCACUGUGAAGCUGUGGCCUCCGCUCUGAAGUCCAACCCCUCCCAUCUGAGAGAGCUGGACCUGAGCUCCAACAAUCUGCAGGAUUCAGGAGUGAAGCUGCUGUGUUCUGGACUGCAGAGUCCAAACUGUAGACUGGAGACUCUGAGUUUGUGGAGAUGCAGUUUGUCAGAGAUCAGCUGUUCUUCUCUGGCCUCAGCUCUGAAGUCCAACCCCUCCCAUCUGAGAGAACUGGACCUGAGUAACAACAAGCUGCAGGAUUCAGGAGUGAAGCUGCUGAGUGAUUUUCUGCAGAGUCCAAACUGUAGACUGAAGACUCUGAGAUUGAGGGGCUGCAGUUUGUCAGAGAUCAGCUGUUCUUCUCUGGCCUCAGCUCUGAAGUCCAACCCCUCCCAUCUCAGAGAGCUGAACCUUCACUACAACAAUCUGCAGGAUUCAGGAGUGAAGCUGCUGCGUGACCUUCAGAAGAAUCCAGACUACAGACUGGAGACUCUGGGGUUGGUGAGUCUUUAAAGAGAGGAUCCUGUCGAUCACAGAGCUGGAAGCAGCAGCUGGUGUGUUGGUGAGUCUUUAACUGGGCUGUGUUACUGGGAGACUGACGGACCAAUCACAGCGCAGAUGACUCUCAGUGCUGCAGUCUGAGCUGCUCUGAGAUCAGCUCCACCGUCACACACAGGACCAUGACCUCGGACAUUUUUCUAUUCUCAUAUUCUGAAUUUAAACUGCUUCAUGACUCAACGACCGAAGAUGAACUCUUUGAUUUGGAUAUAAAUGUUUCUGUUGCAGCGCCACCCUGUGGACAUGUGUAGUGGUGCAGGUUAUUCAUUGACUCAUAUUCACAGAUAACAGUAGAAGUUGAUUCCACCUGUGCAAGUUAAAGUGUGAAGUUGUGCUUUUAACCACGAGUCGUUGGUCGUCUGAUAAUAAAUCAGUCGUCUCUUUGUUGGAUCAAAACAAAGAGGAGGCUUCACUGAGUUUUUAAAAGAACUACAAACAGGAUGUCUGGAUCCAGGUGCAGAGUCAGCACCUGAAUAUUUGAUGUAAUAUGAGAUGAUAUAAAAAGAGCUGAAUAACAUGCAGACUCAAUCAUUGAUAUUCAUUCAUCAUGUCAGGGUAACAACGGACACGUUAUCAAACUAUCUUUAUUUUUAACUUCUGAUGUUUAUUACACUUUGAUGUUUGAACCUUCUGUUUUUAUUAUCUCAG